GUAUUUCUUCACCUACAGUAUUACUCACACUGUACUAUUUCAACUCCUAUUGAGUAGCGGCAAUUAUAAAUAACGAAAAGAAAGUUGUUACUUGCAGAAUUUGCUUGAGUUGUUCCAACAAUGCAUCAAAUAAUUCCGAGGCCGAUGGAUGGCGUACAAGCGAUCUUCCUACUGGUUGUUUUCUACCAUUCGAAAUCCUUAUUGUGACUGCCAAGGUCUUGGUCAGCUAUUUACAGUCUGGUUUCUGGUCUGUAUUCAAACAUCUUCACACGACGUUUCGUCUACUUGACCUAUAAAGUUUAUCUGUAUCCAAACCGCAAGCCUUGGUAUAUGCAGCCCAUUGUCAUGCAUCGUUCGAUGCUGCUACAAACUGCACCCAUUCCCCAUCUGUUAAAAUCAUAACCCCACCAUCUCCCCCGCCCCCGCCUACGCCGCCUCACUCGGUUUGAUCUCCUGGUGAUUGAUCUCAAACUACCAAAGUCCUGUAUUCUCUAUCCUAUAUUUAAGGAAUCUCGCUUGAACUGAGCAGGAUGAGGUUUGGAUUUCUAAACAGGGAUCGUCGUCCGCCACAUACUCUGCCUCAGGCGAGUGACAGACGCGCGCUACGGUUCCUCGAAGAUGGCACCUUUCAGAUUACCGUAUUCUCGGAUCUUCACUUUGCUGAGGAUGAAGACACUAUUCAAGGCCCAAUGCAGGACAAGAGGACCGCGGAAGUUGUGAAGAAGGUGCUUGAACGCGAGAAUUCGCAGUUGGUCGUGCUCAACGGCGAUCUUAUCUCGGGCUAUGGCACAAGGGCCGAUAACGCGACCCUUUACUUAGAUCAAGUUGUCGCGCCAAUCGUUGAAUUGGACCUGCCAUGGGCAACGACAUAUGGGAAUCACGACAAUGAAGCUUAUGUCAGAUCUCAUGACCUUCUCAUACGAGAGCAGGAGUAUGAAAACAGCUUAACGAAGAAUAUGUUGCCAGGAAAGUCUCAAGCCGGGGUCUCCAACUACUUUCUGCAGGUAUAUCCGGCGUCCGAGGAUCAGGAUGUGCCAGAGCUCAUUCUAUGGUUCUUUGAUAGCAGAGGAGGGGCUGAGCCACAUGACUGGGUUGAUGAUUCGGUCGUCGACUGGUUCAAGGAAGCCAGCGCGAAUCUUACCCAACAGUACAGCAAGACCAUUCCGUCACUUGCUUUUUUUCAUAUACCUAUCACUGCAAUGUACGACUUCCAGGAGGACCCAGGCGUUGAUCCUAGUAGAGAACCAGGGAUCGACGGAGAAAAGGUUUGGUGGCAAGGCCGGGGGUAUGAUGGUAAGACCGGUCACGAUGUGUCAUUCAUGAGCGCGUUAGCGAACACGGUUGGCCUAUUAGCAACUUUCAGUGGUCACGACCAUGACAAUGACUGGUGCUACAAGUGGAAACCCCCUACUGCCCAAGCUGGCGAUGGCGUCAGUGUGUGUUAUGGCCGCCAUACAGGAUAUGGCGGUUAUGGGAACUUGGCCCGGGGCGGAAGACAAAUCUUGCUUAGACAAGAAACGGCAAUGAAGGAAGUCAUUACAUGGAUUCGACUAGAAGACGGGCUGGUUCCCGAGAAUGUGACUUUAAACGCAACCUACGGCCAGGAUGAGUAUCACCCCUUGCGACAGAACGUUGAGUUGAGAGGAGGCUUUCUUCAUAGUGCCGGAAAUAGCUUACAAAGCGCCCCAGGAUUGCUAUCGGCGACGUUUUUCCUAUCCCUGAUUUUGUAUUUCCCUCUUAGGCUAUGGAGAUGACCAACGUACAGGGAAUCACAGACUAUCACAUUGAAGUAUAGUUGGUAUAACUGACUGCUCAAUUGUCUUGGCCUACUCUAAUCCAUGCUAAAGGAAAUAGUCAUAGUACUGAGGUAAGGCAGUAGACGGCUUUCUCUACAAGAAGUGUCAAAUAGGCUACUUUCCCAUUAGUUCUCCAUUAUGCAACUACCGCUUCGGCCAUUGAUUCCACGCUCAAGCUAAGAGUAGCGCGACCGCUGUCAAAGGCAGCGCUACUUGUAGCUACCUGACCAUUGCAUUGUAGGAGAAACUUCCGGAGUCAUUCUGACCAUUUUGAUACUUAAUCGCGUCCGUACUGAAGAAUGUCUUCUCCAGCCCAGUCAGCCAGUACCAAAGAAGCUUUCCGUUGAGUGUAAAUUACUGAGACAAGCGUUGCUGGAAGGUAGUUAGAUCAACGUGACUAUAGUGACAAUCCUCACUAGAAUGGUUUCCUUCUCCAUAUUCUCUGCUCAUUAACUUUGAAAGUGCUGUACA